CUCUGUUGGCGUGUUGAAACAAGAAAGAAGCGAAAACUAUCCCGGGGAUGCGAACUGCCGGCUCCGCCAUCUUGUCCGCUUGUUUUGGCUUCUUCCUUGUUCGAGAACAUCAGCGAGGCGUCGUGAAAACGCAGUCAAACGCUGCUCUGCGCUGGCAUAGAUAUCACAACAAAGGCUAGAUGUCAUCGAUGCUUGGGUAGAGUGACCACCGAGCAGAAGCGCCCUCUCUUUCUAGACGCAUAAUAAUAUGGCAUCCUUCGGCUGGAAGAGGAAAGCAGGCGAGAAGGUGUCCAAGUCAGCGGCUCUACAGUUCGAGGAAUCCGGCGUACCGGCGGCGGGGGCCACGAAACGCAACGGUGACGGAGGUAGAAGCGUGGACUGGCAGCAGGCCGUCAAACGACGCCGCGAGGUCCUGCUGGAGGACUGCGCCGCCAAGAGCAAGACAUUGAAGGAGGAGGGCGCCGUGCUGGCUCAGCAAAACAGGCACUGGGAGGCAGUUAAGAAGUGGGACGAAGCCAUACAGCUCACUCCAGAUGACCCGCUACUGUAUGAGAUGAAGGCUCAGGUGCUGACAACGCUGCGGGAGGUCUUUCCCGCCGUCAAGGCAGCAGAGACGGCGGUGAAGCUUAGGACUGUGUGGUGGGAGGCCUGGCAGACUCUGGGCCGCGCCCAACUGAGCAUGGGCGAAGUCGACAUGGCACUGAGGUCCUUCCAGGUGGCCGUCCACCUAUGCCCAUGGGAGCGCACCCUGCGGGAGGACGACUUGGCAUGGGCGCGGACGCUGCAUCGGCAGAAGGCGACUGCCGGGGAGACCCUCGGAGAGCCCCCGGACAACCCGGAGCUCCACGGGGACUUUGACUUUGAGUCGGACGAAGUGCUGGAAGCGUGCGAAGCCAUCGCCAGGAGCCGGGCGAGCCACAACCAGAUGGGCCGCUUGAUGGUGGACAGCUCGGGGAAUGUCCUGGAAUCGGCGGGGGAACCGGCGGAUCCCUCGCCGGAAAACUUUAUUCAAAUGAGGAGACUCUGAAAACAGUAUAUAGAAGGAACCAGAGGACUCCCAACAGUGUUUUUCACAACUUUAUUGAAAAAUGGCACUUGACGCAGAAUGGUUGAUUAACUCAUUGGCUGCCAUUAAUUGUGAUAUACAUCCAAUCAAUUUGGUUUUCGAGGGGCUGGCAGCGAUCGGAUCAAACUACCAAAUUAAUCAGACGACGGGUCAUUUGAGCGUUUGUAGGACAUGCUCACUUAACAACUGUCAGAUGGCGAAAGGUCAAUCGCGACUGCCCUAUUAUACCGUAAAAAACGAUCAACUGUUUGCACCUUCUCACUGAGAAGAAAUGUUCUUCCUUCCAGUGCAGUGGAAUUACACUGACACCGUAGUUUUGGUUAAUGAAGAAUUAUAGAAAAAAACUUUACGUUUCAGUUAUUGAUGAGUCUUUGCUCAGAUACAUCUCUCCUGGACGUUCGCCGUCCCGUUCGUGAGCGACACUUGCAAAGCCGUCUUCGAGCUCUCCGCCCGCUCCCCCUCCGUGGGACACCUAGUCAGAGUUCUGCCGUCUCUCUUCGGAGACUCCGGCGAGACGCUAGAUGACGACGACAGGCGGACGCCGGCGCAGCGGAAAUGAGCGGCGUGACCUUGCCGGCCACGCCCCAUCCUGCAGAAUAGACACUUGAUCCUUUCCAUGAGCGUGAGGACCACCGUCUUCCGCAGAAGGAUGUACACCCAUGGGUCCAGGAUGGGGUUGACGGAGGCCAUGCGGAUGGCCAACAGGUCUUUGUUGAGCCCUGUCGACUCUUCGUUUUGGUUGCUGGACAGCUGGUUCACAAAGAUCCUCAGCUGGAGAGCAAAAGAGGGAAAACAAAUCAGUCAAACGCAUAGGAAAGAAAACAAGUGUUUUUCUCUGGUUUUGUUUUUCAUGUACUGUAUUAUAAAAUACAUGAAUGAACAACAGAAAAAUACGGAGUUUUUUUUUUUUUUUUUAAUUAACUCAUUGUCAUUGGCUACCAUCAGUGACGCAACUACACGUCGAGCAGCGAAUGCGCCGCAUAUUGGCGCGAACCGACAGGGGGCGCCAUAACAAGGAAUCCUCCUGAUCACUCCAGGUCACAGUCAGCCUAUAAAUUGUUCAUUAGGAAAGUGAAUAGAUUGUCGCCAACGAAUUUGAUUAUCGAUUUUUGCCGGCAGCAAUGAGUAAUGUGAGGCUGUGCGCACUCCAGUGAUGAGAGAGAGAGAGCGUUCACUGCUCGUCUGUUCCACUCAGGUUUCAGAAUCAAUAAUACCGUAUUGGCCCGAAUGUAAGACGGCCCUGAUUACAAGACGACCCCCUAUUUUUCAAGACUCAAGUUUGAAAAAAAGACUUUUUGAACACCGAAUUAAUUUUUAUACAGAAAAUAAUUACAGUACAUUUGAAACAAAUGAUCAUAAUAUAUAUUUGAGAGAAAAAGCAUGUUAUUUUGCCUUAUUCAAAUCUUAAUAUCUGAACAUUUAUAUAUGUAAACUAAAGUGCAAUCACAUUCGUAAAUAAAUGGCUUCUGGUUUUUGAAAUGUAAAUAAACCAAUCUAUUGUGAUAAAACAACAAAAUUGCAAUAACUGCUUUAACCAUCAAAGUGAAGUCUAACUGUAGUCUUGAAACAAAUCUGAAUUAGGAAAAACAUUGCAAUAAAAUAAUGCAAACUGGUUAAACUUGAGAGUAGCUGAGAGCUGUCAUGACAGAACAUCGCUUCAAUGAUAUCUGGCGCCAUCUAGCGUCAUGAAUUGGUAUAAUGUCUAGACCGCAAAUAUAAGACGACCCACUUUUUCAGUCUUAUUUCAAUGCAAAAAACACGGUCUUAUAUACGGACCAAUACGGUACUAAGA